ACGGGCCCCACGCGGCGUCAGCAGGCGCGCGGAGGGCAGGGGACCCUUCGCUCCCCGGCACCAAAGGCCGCCACCUUGCCAGCCCGCUGCGUUAACACCGCUAAGCCUGGGCCGCUGUUCCGCUUCCCCCAGGACGCGGCCGAGCGGCUCCUGUGGCACCGCUUCGUGCGGCGGCGCCGCGCCGACCGGUACGGGGACAAGAACGGCUCGGUUAUCUGUCCUGACCACUUCGCUCCGGUCUGCUUUGACGGCUCUUCCGUGGUCCAGAAGAACCUGUGCUGCUCCCAGCGCCUGAGGCUCAGGGCGGGUGCCGUUCCCACACUGCACCGUGUGUCCCCCUCGUCCCCUCACCCCCCAGCACCUACGGGGGCAGAGGAGGGAGACCAAGCGGGCGACCCUGAACAGGCAGGAGAGCCCCGGGCAGUCAGGCUUUCGGAAGCCACCCGCUUCCAGCUUCCUGUGCUUUCCUCCGCGCCGGGAUAG